AUGCGACGUCUACGCAGCAGUAGUAGUACCGUUAGUGUCACGACGACUGAGCUCAGUGUCGAUACGAAUGAGGCCACGGCCGUGAAGACGGAAGCACAGCGGGUGGUGCCUCCUGUGCGACGACCGCGCAGUCGUCACUGCGAGAGCGACACGGACUCGAAGACCGUCGUCAAGCGCGAGCACGUGGCUCGAGUGAAGCUCGAUAGCGCUGUGAAGGAGGACGUGGAGCUGACGAGGCCGAGGCGCAAGCAGAAGAAGCAGAAAGUGGAGAAACCCGAGCAGCGCGUCAUGAGGAGCGAACCUGUUGGAUGGCGAGAGAUGUGGAAGGGGAUCGAAGACAUGCGGGCCAAUGAGGACGCUGAAGUGGACAAGUACGGCUGUGAGGUGUUUAGCAGCAAGGGACUAUUGCCUCAUGUGUGUCGCUUCCACGUGCUGAUUGCUGCAAUGAUGAGCAGCCAGACCAAAGACCCCGUGAACGCUGCAGCAAUGGAUCGUCUGAUUGAGCACGGCCUGACAGUGCAAUCAAUGCUCGAAGUCAAGGAGCAGAAGCUGGCACAAUUGAUCCGACCUGUAGGCUUCUUCAACAUGAAAGCCAAGUACAUCAAGCAGGUCGCUUCUAUCUUGACUAAACGAGCCGAAGCUGAAGGGAAGGAUGUUGUCGACAUUCCGGAUUCGUACGAAGGUCUCAUGGCGUUACCUGGAGUCGGGCCGAAAAUGGCUACACUCGUGAUGACCUGCGCGUGGAACAACACUGUGGGUAUUUGCGUGGACACACACGUUCAUCGCAUUUCGAAUCGGCUCAACUGGGUGAAAACGUGGAACGUGCGUAAUCCCAAGUCACAGGACCCGGAGAAGACGCGAGCGGAGCUUGAGGACUGGUUACCAAGAGACCAUUGGGGCCCGAUCAAUCGCUUGCUGGUCGGCUUUGGGCAAACCAUUUGCCUUCCACGCAAUCCGAAAUGCGCUGACUGCAAAAUUCGCGACAAAUGUCCAUCUGCUUGUGUGAAAAGAUAA